CGGCUGAGUACAGGGAGAUGUGCGCGUGAGCUUGUAAGAUGGCGGACGGACUGAAAAUCUCAGUUCAGUUUAGCGGCGGGGCCGAACUUCUAUUCAAUAAAGUGAAGGAACACGACGUUGUUUUACCCAAGGAUCAAGAUUCAUGGACUAUUAGAAGAUUACUAACAUGGAUCAAAGAUAAUUUAUUAAAACAAAGACCAGAACUGUUUAUUCAAGGGGAAUCAGUACGGCCUGGAAUAUUGGUGUUAAUAAAUGAAGCUGACUGGGAGCUGAUGGGUGAAUUGGAUUAUGAGCUACAAGAAAAUGACAGCAUCGUGUUUAUAUCAACUCUUCAUGGUGGAUAGCAUUUAUGCAAAGAGGACCUGGAGUUGGAGAAGCAUGCUACUUCUUAGAAAGAAUGUCACAUUUUUUAAUUGUGCUAAGCAGUGUUAGACUGGGUAACAAGAACAGUGCUGACUUUUUGGGUUCCUUGUUCACACCCUAACGCAAGAAGCGCUGAAAGAUCAGUAGAGGAUUUGUAAAACAAACACAGCAACACAAGUUUAACUGCUGAAUGCAAAUCAUCUUUGAAAGCAUUCCAAGGAAACGUAAGCAAUAAGUUAUUUGCCCAUGGAUUCCACCAUGAAAAUGAUCAUUUAUCAGACACUGUUUACUUUCCUGAGUCAUUGUCAUCAAACAUGAGAUAAUGUUUACACCUAUGAACAACACAAUUGUCUUAAGUAUUGAAGCCUGCGAAUGCAGGCUUAUUUCCGGCUGUGGCUUGUCUCCACCGUUAUUUAUGGCGGAGACAAGUGACAGCCACAAAGAUGUCUGCAUUUGCAGGCUAUUAGUAUUGUAACCCAAAAAGAUAGUUUUUCUACCAAUGUCUUGAAAAUAGAAAAAGUAUAGAAUCUGUUAUAGUUUUCUGAAACAUAUACAUUUCUAGGUAUGGGUCAGACUGCAAACUUUAAAUCUUCUGUUAGGUGCAGUCUUCAAGGGUUACACAAAAUUUUGUAAGCUAAAUAAAAAAAAAAUAACUAGUUAUUUUCAGGAGUCAUUAGCCUGAAUUUCAACCAUCUUCCAAGAAAAUAGCUACUUGAGAAGACAGGUGGCUCUGACUUCCAUAAGUGGCCAAUUUUUGUCAAUUUGCAACUUAACCAACACCUGGCAUUUAAAAUUAAGUGUAAAUUUGAAAAUUUUGAUCAAGAUGUCUAAUGGAAACAAUAAAACUAGAACAAACAACUGCAGGAAACAUAGGAAUAAAUGUAUGUCUAAUGGAAGCAAUAAAAGUGGAAGAAAUAAAUGCAGGAAAUGCAGGAAUAAACAACAUGGAAUCUGA